CUCUCAGGGUUAGAUUUCAAAAUUCAAAAAGGCCAACGGUCCCCUCUAAUCGUAACGGCAAAAUGAAUGCUUGCUCCAAAACCAAACGAAAUCAUCGCCAUCUCCCUCUCUCUCUGAUUCAGAAAGCAUUUUAAACCCCUUUUAUCUCUCGAAGAAAGGCGAGCGAGAGUAUUCGAUUACCCACGCUUUCAAUUCAAACUGUUUCUCUCUCUCCUCUUAUCAAUGGAAGCCCAUCAAUGGCGUGACCCACUUCUCAUCACCGACGUUUCUUGGCAGCAACAACACAUUUCUCUCUCUCCUCACGUUUCAAUCACUUCGCCGAGCUCAAGAGCUUCAACAAUGGCGGAUCCCGACGAGGUUCAUCCACAUGAAAGCGAAGUGAAGCGUGAUUAUUGGCAAAAUGGAAGUUCAGAACCCAACAAUGAUGAAAAGUUUGAUGAUCCGGUUCAGAAGAGUCCCGUUAACGCUCGAUCGAUGUUCGGGUUUUCUCUGACAUCCCCAGACUUGGUUAUCUGCACCGGGUCGCCUGACAUUCGCAGAAGCAGCUAUGAGGAGGAGGUCCCUCAGUUCUUGAGGGGACUCCCCAUAGAGGUUUCUCUAGAGAAUGGCAUCAAUGGGCCUGAAGUGGAUGGAAGCCAAGAAACCCCAGGGGCUGCAAGGUUUGCAGCUUCUUGGCAAGCCGGGGAGGAAGAUGUCAGCCCAGAAGCUUCUUUGGAGCUUCUUCCAGUCCCGGGGAUUGAACCCAAGGUUCCGAGCAAAUCCCUCCCUGUUCUAAGCAUCAAUUCAGGCUCAACAUAUGGCUACACAGCUUUAGAUGGGACUAAGUUUCUGGAGGACAGUUGGUUCACUGGAGGCGACACUAUAACAACUGACACCAAAGUUGGGAAUGGGGAAGAGCUUGUUCUAUACCAAACUGCAAGAUUUGGCAACUUUUCCUAUCAUCUGAAGACACAGGAGAGUGGGAAUUACAUCGUUGAUCUGCACCUCGCGGAGAUUGUGUUCACAGAUGGCCCUCCCGGGAUGAGAGUUUUCGAUGUCUACAUACAAGAGAAGAAGGCUGUUUCCUGCAUAGACAUUUAUGCGAGUGUCGGUGGAAACCAGCCUCUGGUUAUAAGCAAUUUGAAGGCUUUUAUCAGUGGUGAUGAGGGAUUAUUUCUCAGAUUUGAAGGCGUGACUGGAAACCCUCUUGUGUGUGGCAUUUCUGUGAGGAAAGAUCAUUCUGCAAGUCUAGAGGAAGUUAAAUUGCUUGAAGCUAUAGGAAUCUCCCAAGUGCCAGAAUGUGAGCCACCAGAAGAUAGUGGGGACUGUGAAGUGGAAGGACAAAUACAAAAGCUUCAAGAAGAGUAUCAGUGCCAGAAGGAACUAAAUGAAACAAGGAGGGCUUUGGAGGAACUCAAGAGGGAGAAUGAAUGUAAGAGCAAGGAGUGCCAGGAAGCAUGGAGGUCUUUGCAGGAGCUCCAGAAUGAACUCAUGCGCAAGUCGAUGCAUGUUGGUUCGCUAGCUUUUGCCAUUGAAGGACAAGUGAAAGAGAAGAGCAAAUGGUUUUCAUCCUUGAGAGACCUCAAAAGGAAAUUGAAGAUUCUAAAAAUGGAACAAAUCAGCCUGUUAGACGAGGCACUGUCAUAUAAAAAGUACUUGGUAGAUAUGGGCAACAUGAGCUCUAUCAUUCAGUCCAAAUUAUGUCAGCAGGUAGAAUUGCAUGAAGAUCUUAAACUCAAAUUCCUCAAAGGAGCCAAGGAACAAAAGGAACUCUACAACAAGAUUCUGGAGUUGAAAGGCAACAUUAGGGUUUUCUGCCGGUGUAGACCUUUGAACACUGAAGAGAUUACUGCAGGAGCUUCAAUGUCAAUUGAUUUUGAAGCUUCUAAAGAUGGCGAGCUAACAGUAAAAUCAAACGGUGCAGCCAAAAAGACCUUCAAGUUUGAUGCCUUUUUUGGACCUCAAUCAAGUCAAGUUGAAGUUUUUGAGGAUACAGCCCCCUUUGCAACCUCAGUCCUGGAUGGAUACAAUGUGUGCAUAUUUGCUUAUGGACAGACAGGAACUGGGAAAACUUUUACAAUGGAGGGCACAGACGAGGCCAGGGGAGUGAACUUCAGAACUCUCGAGGAGUUGUUUCGCAUCAUUAAGGAGAGAAAGGAGCAGUUUGAAUAUGAAAUAUCUGUGAGUGUUUUGGAGGUAUAUAAUGAGCAGAUACGAGACUUGCUCAUACCAGGAUCUCAGCCAGGUGUAACUGCAAAGAGGCUUGAAAUAAGGCAAGUAGGGGAGGGAAUACAUGAUGUCCCAGGACUGGUUGAAGCUCAUGUGAACAACAUGAGUGAGGUUUGGGAAGUUCUACAGACUGGUAGUAAUGCAAGGGCAGUUGGAUCGACAAAUGCUAAUGAGCACAGUAGCCGAUCCCACUGCAUACACCGUGUGAUGGUGAAAGGGGAGAAUUUGUUGAAUGGGGAAUGCACAAGAAGCAAGCUUUGGCUGGUUGAUUUAGCAGGAAGUGAGAGAGUAGCUAAGACUGAAGUACAAGGUGAAAGACUGAAGGAGACCCAAAAUAUUAAUAGGUCGCUUUCUGCACUUGGAGAUGUCAUAUCUGCCCUUGCUACUAAGAGCCCGCACAUCCCUUUUAGGAACUCCAAGCUAACUCACUUGCUUCAAGACUCUCUAGGAGGAGAUUCAAAGACACUGAUGUUCGUACAGAUUAGUCCAAAUGAGAACGACCUUAGUGAAACUCUUUGUUCACUCAACUUUGCAAGCAGAGUGAGAGGAAUAGAGUUGGGUCCUGCAAAGAAGCAAUUGGACAGCUCUGAACUCUUGAAAUACAAACAAUUGUUUGAGAAGACCAAACUAGACUUGAAGAGUAAAGAUGUGCAAAUUAAGAAGAUGGAGGACACAAUUCAUGGUUUGGAUGUGAGGCUAAAAGAAAAAGACAUGAAAAACAAGAACUUGCAGGACAAGAUUAAAGAGUUGGAAUCACAACUCCUGGUAGAGAGAAGGCUGGCCCGGCAGCAUGUUGAUUCAAAGCUUGCAGAACAACAGCAAGUAAUGAGACAACAGCAAGAAGAUCAGAACUGUGCACCUGCAAGGCCACCACUUGCAAGUAGACCAUUUGGAAUGCACAAGAAUUUUAAUGAAGGCAAAGAGCAACUCAAUCAAACUCGGCCGCUCACUGAUAACAACAGCUACAAGCUUCCAUCACCUCCUCCUACAACAGAUACUGUUGUUAAGCAAAAUGAUCCCACAGAGAAAGAAAACAAUCCUGAACUGGCAGAACAACCUAUGAUGCCAAAGAGGACUGGCAGAGCUUCUCUCUGCCCAACCGUACAAAAGAUUCCAUCAUCUUCAGCUCCACGGAGAAACUCCCUAAUUCCUUUACCCAGUGCAGUGAACCUAGCCAAGAUCACGCAACCACUGGUGCCAUUGCCACCAAUCCAAGCCAAUAUGAGUGAAGAGACAGAUGGAGAUGAAGCCAAAAGCUUUCCUGAACCCACACCUUGGGAUAGUCCUAAAGAUCAUAAAAGUGGAGUAAAGAAGCUAAGCAGCAUAUUGAGACGAAGCUUUCAAAAGAGGAUGCAAAUGAGGUCCCAAUUGCAGCAAAAUAUAAGAAGAGGGGGUAUAAAUGUGGGGAUGGAGAAGGUUAGAGUUUCCAUUGGAAGCAGAGGGAGGGCGGCUCAUAGAGUACUCCUAAACAAUGCUAGACGGGCAACCAAAGACAUUCAGUCGAAGCAAAACCAAAGAGAAAAGGAGAGAGGAUGGAAUAUUGGAACAGGAACAGCAGGCAGAGCAGUCAUGUGAAUGGUGGUGAAGAAUCUUUGUUUCUUUUCAACUCCUGCAUCCUUGGAUGAUGCCAACCAUCCAUGGAUUAGCAGGGAUGAAGUAAAAUAGAAAAGUUGUGUAUUGAUUUUUUGGAUGAUGCCAAUCAUCCAUUUGAACCCGUUAUGUGAUGAUGGUUUGAUUGUGUUGUACAUACCACUAAAUCUAUAAAUUAGUUGCAUUAAAAGAGUGAUUAUGGGACCUAACUAGAACAUGUCUAACAAUGUGAUUAGAUGAUUGUAAUAUAUUCUUAUUUCUUUAA